AAGGGGGCUCGUGACCACAAAAUGUUUGAGAACCUCUUUUCUGGACCGAGUAGACUGAAGGUUUCCCACUGCAGGCAGAACAGACUCUGUUGGAAGGACUAAAGGUGACUGCAGGUUUUUACCAACAUGGAAAGACCAGACUCUCCUGAGCCUGAGACCAGACUCAGCUCUGUAACAAUGAGGAUGAGAAGCUCUCCAGAGAAAGACCGUCCUGACUUUAAAAGCAGGAAACUGACUCCUGAUGAGAGGAUCACUGAGACACCAGAUGCCCCUGAACCUGAACCUGGACCCAGCUGUGUGUCUUUGAAGAGUGAUCAGUCAAAGGGUUUCAUCUUCCACUUUAAAGGAACUAAAUCUGCUGCUGCUGAGGAGAUCACUGAGACACCAGAUGCCCCUGAACCUGAACCUGGACCCAGCUGUGUGUCUUUGAAGAGUGAUCAGUCAAAGGGUUUCAUCUUCCACUUUAAAGGAACUAAAUCUGCUGCUGCUGAGGAAGCUGAUCAGGAGAGUCUGCAGCAUCAAACUGAUCUGGACUCAGUAUUUAAGAUUGUGUCAUUUAUUUUCCAGAUGCUGGAGGAAAACAUUAUCAUGUUUGUGAAAAACGAGCUAAAGAAGCUGCAGAAUAAUCUGAAUCAAGAUUAUUCAGAGUGUCAGAGGGAUGAAGAGGAGAUGUUGGACAGUGAGGAAGAGAAGCAGAGAAGGAGCAGCAGAGAGGCAUUUCUGAAACUCGCAGUUAACUUCCUGAGAAUAAUGAAUCAGGAGGAGCUGGCUGACUGUCUGCAGAACAAAAGUCCUGAUCCACUUUGUGAGAAUACAUUUAAAUGUAACCUGAAGAAGAAGUUCCAGUGUGUCUUUGAGGGGAUUGCUAAACCAGGAACCAGAAUCACUCUAAAUGAGAUCUACACAGAGCUCUGCAUCACAGAGGGAGGGACUGGAGAGGUCAACACUGAACAUGAGGUCAGACAGAUUGAAAUGUUUUCCUGGAAACCAAACAGACCAGAAACAACAAUCAGGUGUGAAGACAUCUUUAAAGCUUCGACUGGAAGAGAUAAACCAAUCAGAACAGUUCUGACCAAAGGAGUGGCUGGCAUCGGGAAAACAUUCCUGACACAAAAGUUCACUUUGGACUGGGCUGAAGACAAGACCAACCAGGACAUCCAGUUCAUUUUUCCAUUCCCAUUCAGAGAGCUGAAUUUACUGAGCGAUAAAAAGUUCAGCUUAGUGGGACUUAUUCAUCACUUCUUCACUGAAAUCAAAGAAGCAGGAAUCUGUAACUUUAAAAAGUUCAAAGUUGUGUUCAUCUUUGAUGGUCUGGAUGAGUGUCGACUUCCUCUGAACUUACACAUCACUGAGAUCCUCACUGAUGUUACAGAGUCCACAUCAGUGGAUGUGCUGCUGACAAACCUCAUCAGGGGAAAGUUGCUUCCUUCUGCUCACAUCUGGAUAACCACACGACCUGCAGCAGCCAAUCAGAUCCCUGCUGAGUAUAUAGACAUGGUUACAGAGGUCAGAGGGUUCACUGACCCACAUAAGGAAGAGUACUUCAGGAAGAGACUCAGAGACAAGGAAGAGGCCAACACCAUAAUCUCUCAUAUCAAGACAUCACGAAGCCUCCACAUAAUGUGUCACAUCCCAAUCUUCUGCUGGAUUACUGCUACAGUUCUAGAGAGCAUGUUAAAAACCAAACAGGCUGGAGGAAAGCUGCCCAAGACACUGACUGAGAUGUACAUUCACUUCCUGGUGGUUCAGACCAAAGUGAAGAACAUUAAGUAUGAUGGAGGAGCUGAGACAGAUCCUCUCUGGAGUCCAGAAAGCAGGAAGAUGAUUGAAGCACUGGGGAAACUGGCUUUUCAGCAGCUGCAGAAGGGAAACCUGAUCUUCUAUGAAUCAGACCUGACAGAGUGUGACAUUAAUGUCAGAGAAGCCUCAGUGUACUCAGGAGUGUUCACACAGAUCUUUAAAGAAGAGAGAGGACUGUACCAAGAGAAGGUGUACUGUUUUGUCCAUCUGAGUGUUCAGGAGUUUCUGGCAGCUCUUCAUGUCCAUCUGACAUUCACCAACUCUGGUAUCAACCUGCUGGAAGAAGAAGAAACAGCCUCAGUGCAGACUGGAGAGUCUUCAGUAAGAUAUUUCUACCAGAGUGCUGUGGACAAGGCCUUAAAAAGUCCAAAUGGACAUUUGGACUUGUUUCUUCGCUUCCUCCUUGGUCUUUCGAUGCAAUCCAAUCAGGAUCUCCUACAAGGCCUGCUCACACAAACAGGAAUCAGCUCACAGAUAAAUCAGGAAGCAGUCAAGUACAUUAAAGAAAAAAUGAAUGGCACUCUCUCUCCAGAGAAAAGCAUCAAUCUGAUCCAUUGUCUGAAUGAAUUGAAUGAUGACUCUAUAGUGAAGGAGGUCCAGCAUCAACUGAGUUCAGGACACCUGUCUAAAGUUAAUCUCUCUCCUGCUCAGUGGUCAGCUCUGGUCUUCAUCCUACUGUCAUCAGAAACAGGUGUGGAUGAGUUUGACUUGAGAAAAUAUUCAGCUUCAGAAGACGCUCUUCUGCAGCUGCUGCCAGUGGUCAAAGCCUGUAAGAAAGCCCAGUUGGGCGGCUGUAACCUCACAGAGAGAAGCUGUGAAGCUCUUUCCUCAAUUCUAAGUUCUCAGUCCUCCAGACUGAGAGAGCUGGACAUGCGUAACAACAACCUUCAGGACUCAGUGAAGUUGCUUUGUGUUGGACUUGGGAGUCCACACUGUAUGCUGGAAACUCUCAGGCUGUCAGGCUGUCAGAUCACAGGAAUAGGCUUCACCUCUCUGGCCACAGCUCUGCGCUCCAAUCCCUCCUAUUUGAAAGAGCUGGACUUGAGCUAUAAUCAUCCAGGAGACUCAGGAAUGAAGCUUUUGUCUGAUCAACAGCAGGAUCCACAUGUGAAACUGGAAAUACUCUGGUAGGA